GUACAGGACUGGGCAGUGUUUCGUUCUGUUGUACAUAGGGUCGCUAUGAGUUGGAACCAACUGCAUGGAACCUAAGAACAACAGCAGAUCUAGAAAGGCAGGGCACAACUGCGCAGCUCCAGCGUACUAUUCACAUACUGAUGUGAACGACAACCCUAUAGGAAGGGUAAUGUUGGCCACAGAAGGACACUUACAAGCUGAACAGGGUGGAGAAAGGCGUGGAGAUUGGGAAAGAGCACAUGGUUAUCGGAAUUAGAAAUACCAGUAGUUUAUUAUUGCUGGAGCAUAGUCAGGGAGGGAAUAGUAGAACAUGAGGUUCUUGCAUGGUCACAUUAGUAAAUCCCCUCUUUUCAGAAAAGGAAGAACUAAGUUCCAGACAUCAGCACCAGCACAGGGUUAUUACUAGAGUUGGCAUUAUGAUUAAAUUAAUUAUAAUCCCAUAUUAAUGAAGUUGGGUUUCUGUUAUCUGCUCAGCACUAUGUGGUACUUUUCCUUAGACAAUAGUCUUAUAAAAGGUGUGUAAAAAUACCCUGAUAAUGUAAGUAGUUCCAUAAAUCGUUUAUUGUUUAUUCUUUUUAAUAAAUUCUUAAAUUUAUUUGUAUAUGAUUUCAAACUUAAAGGAAGUCCUUUACCUGGGCUCACCUGUUGUUAACAUUUUACUCUAUUUGUUUUAUCAUUUGUGUUCUCACUGUGUAUAUCUACAAGUUAUAUACAUAAUGUCCCUUUACUCCUAAAUUUUUCAGGGCGUAUAUGCUAAGAAUAGGGAUAUUCUCUUACAGAAUCACAGUGCAGUUAUCAACUUGAAUAAAUUUAACAUUGAUGCAUUUACUUUAAUCUACCAUCUUCCUUACUUCUGCUCGCAUUAGGUUUAGUUUGCUCGUCUUCCAGUAUCUUGAAGUGGAAGAUUAGAUUAAUGAUUUGAGAUCUUUUUUAAAUACAGGGAUUUACAGCUAUAAAUUUCCUUCUAAGCAUUGCCUUAGCUGUAUUCCAUAAGUUUUGGUAUGUUUCAUUUUCAUUCAUCUCCAAGUAUUUUCCAGUUUCCCUUGUGAUUCCUUCUUUGACCCAUCCACCUUCCUAUGUUUUAAAAAAGCUACUAUAAUCUCUAAAUAUUUGCGAGUCUUACUUGGGAACUUAAUUUUGGGUAUUGGAGAGCCGAAAUCCCUUGAACCUGGGUUUAUUCCUCUUUAUAUGAACUGUAUAUUCUCCUCUGCUUCCAUUUAUCCUUCCCUAAAAAUGUGCUUCAAAAGAAGCUACCUUCUAAGGGAAAAGUAGUCACAAGGUGCAGCCAGCCACUGAGAAGGACAGUGGAUCCUGUUAAGCCACCCUGUUGGGUAUAGCUAAUGGAAUGGAAGAAUUAGUUAAAUAAUUUUGAGGGUUCUGACAAUAGUUCAUAAAUUACAGACUAAAAAUUAGAUUUGAAAGAAGACUUAGAAACCAUGAAAUCAAACCUCCAUCCAGUAUAGGUGUUUCUUUCUAAAUGCCUCGUGAAACAUGGUCAUCCAAUUUAUACUCCAUUUCUAAGAUUAAUAUUUAUCUCAGCUUUAGAUGAAAUUAUAAUGAGCCUGCUCAUCUAAUUGUGGAGAACUUGAAAGAAGUACUAAGGUGGCAAAAUUGGAAUCUCACAACAUCUCAGCAGAAUACAACAGUGGAUUGAACCUAACAAGAUUAUUUUUUUAAAGAAAGAAUACAUGUGAGGCUCUGCACAAGGAUGUGCAAAACAAACAAAUACACAGUGGAGUGGGAUAGGUGGAGAAGAGUUGACCUAACAGUGUACCUGGGAAAGUCUUAAGAUUAUUAGUUGACCAUAAAUUGAGUUGGUAGUAUGGUAUGGCCUUUAAAAAAAUAGUGAUUUUGACUGCAUUAGUAGUUAAACCGGUACUAAUUUAGAAGAGCAGAAAUCAUGUCAUGUGAGGAACCAUUGAAUAAACUAUUAAAAAAAAAAUGAAUUGGUGAGCAUAAUGUCAUCUUUCAAAUAUUUGAAGGAUUGGCUUGUGAAAAGGGAGAUUAGACUUUGGUGUUUUGGUUUUCUUGUCCCAAGAAUUGAAACUGGAACCAUUGGUUGAAUCCUUGUUUCAUCAGAGUACUGUGCUGAAGGCGUAGUGAUAAAAACAUGGUAGUUGUGACCUCAAAGGAAUUUAUAAUUCAGUAGAAUAGAUUUAGGGAAGCUGCUUUCAGAGGAGAGAGAAAUCAUAUCUCAUUAGAGAAUGAAGAGUUCUUAGAAGAAAUUACCUUUGAAAUAGACUUUUAUGGACAGGUCUUAUUUCUUUUGUCUCUCAUUUAUUGCUUUCUUAGUGUCAAAAGAACAUCAUUGUAGAAAAUUUGCAGAAAGUCAGAAGCUUUAAGAAGUAAGAAGAAAAAAAUCUAGUAAAGCAGGGCAGUCUGUAGUAAAUUGAGUAUUCUUAAGUAAAUAGAGUGAGGUGAAGUAUGUAGUGAAGUGAUUAAGAGGAAUUGAGGAUAGUCGCUGGAGUUGAAGGGGAUGUGGAAAUUGAAGGCGAGGUUUAUUUUUGGUUUUUCAGUUUAAUUUUUAUCAAAAUUCUGGAACUUUAUGUUAAUUCCAAGCAUUUAAAAAAAAAAAAAAAAAUCCUUGAGUCCCACAGAUCUGAAGCACGUAACAUAUGUAUGUAGUUGAAAAGUCAGAUAUUUACAUGAGAUUUAUAAUGAAAAACAGCAUUCCCUACUGCAGGCCUUCCUUACCCUUUUCUCACUCCCCAGGAUUAAUCACUCUCAACUCUUAACCUGUUUUUCUUGUUAUUUGAGAUUAUAUUUUCAAAUAACUUGUCCUACUGUUGUUUUUUGCUGUUGCAGUUUUAGAUAUUACUUGUGAAUUCUCUACUAUGAAAGGUAAAGAUUUGGGUCUCUCGUUCUACCCUUUCCCAACACCCAUACACAUGUCCCUUAAUCCUUUAUCAAGGGUCUUACCACAAUGUUGGUUGAAAUCCAUAUUCAGUAUUUUUAUUAUGGCUAUGUGAAUAUUAUGGUAUAUUAAUGAUUACAUUUAUUUGUAUAAUCUUUUUCUGAAGUUAGUUGUCAUUUGAUUAGCAUUCAUUAAAUCUAGCCAUCUUUUCACAUUCUUUUAACAGCCUCUCAAUUCAAUUUUCUACACAGUCAAACCGCUCAAGUCUGUACUUUCUUUUUUAAACCUAGAGAUAUCUAUCCUGGACUCACAGUUGCCCUGCACUGAUUUGCACUAUUGCUCUUUAGACUUGCUGUUCUGUUGUACUUGGAGUCCCUUUCACCAUACUUCCUGGGAAUUGUCUUUGCUUCUAUCCUGUGUUAGAUCCCUGUUCCCUGGAUUCCAUGUGUUUUUCUUCAUUUGCUCCCUUAUUUUGAAGAUAUACAUUCUUGAGUAGCUUCUUGAGAAAGGGUACACAGAAAAUAAAAAUUGAGACCUUGCAUAUCUGAAAAGUUCUUUAUUCCACCCUGUAUUUUCACUGAGAGUUUGGCUGGGUAUUGAAUUUAUUUCAGAAAUUCUAAGAUAGAAAUUAUUUUCCUUCAGAAUUUUGAAGGAUUUGUUCAUUUGUCACUUAGCUUCCAGUGUUACCGUUGAGAAAUCUGAUUUCACAUCCUUUUUAUAUGACGUGUUUUUUUGUUUGUGGAUUCUCUCUCUCUCAGAAUUUUUUAAGGUCUUUAUCUGUGGUCUGUUAUGUCACAAUAAUGUGUCUUAAUAUGAAUCUUUUGUUAUUCAUUAUGUUAGAUACUUUCAUCUGGACACUCUUGUCCUUCCAUUCUGGAUUUAGAGGGGAGGGGGUAGUAAAUUAUUUCCUAUAUGAUUUGUCUUCUGUAAAUCUUCUAUCCUUUCUUUUUUGGAACUCAGAUUAGUCCAGCUAUAUUAGAGCUAUAAUUUUCUUAACUUUACUCUCCUGUUUUUCCAUUUAUUUGCCUUUUUGUUCUACCUUUAGGAUAACUGAGUUUCAAACUUAAAGUGAGAAAUGUUUUAGAUAACUGAUUAUUGUAACAUUUUGAUAUAUAUUUUAAAGAGCUGUAAAAUUCUAUGCUGCCUCAUAACAUUAUUGUUUUUUGAAUUCCUUAAUAACUACCAACAUACAUACAUAUAUGUAUACACAUACACACAUAUAUAAUGCUAUAUUUAUUUUAUAAGUAAAGAGCAUUGUUUAUAUUUGAUUUUAUAGGUAGCUACAUCAAACUGGGUGACAGGCAGAUCCAAAGGAUAUCAUGAAGUUUCCAGGACCUUUGGAAAACCAGAGAUUGUCUUUCCUGUUGGAAAAGGCAAUUGCUAGGGAAGCCCAGAUGUGGAAGGUGAAUGUGCGCAAAAUGCCAACAAAUCAGAAUGUUUCUCCAUCCCAGAGAGAUGAAGUGAUUCAGUGGCUGGUCAAACUCAAGUACCAGUUCAACCUUUACCCAGAAACAUUUGCUUUGGCUAGCAGUCUUUUGGACAGGUUUUUAGCUACUGUAAAGGCCCACCCAAAAUACUUGAGUUGUAUUGCAAUCAGCUGUUUUUUCUUAGCUGCCAAGACUGUUGAGGAGGAUGAGAGAAUUCCAGUACUGAAGGUGUUGGCAAGAGACAGUUUCUGUGGAUGUUCUUCUUCUGAAAUUCUGAGAAUGGAGAGAAUUAUUCUGGAUAAAUUGAAUUGGGAUCUUCACACAGCCACGCCAUUGGAUUUUCUCCACAUUUUCCAUGCCAUUGCAGUGUCAACUAGGCCUCAGUUACUCUUCAGUUUGCCCAAACUGAGCCCAUCUCAGCAUUUGGCAGCCCUUACCAAGCAACUCCUUCAUUGUAUGGCCUGCAACCAACUUCUGCAAUUCAAAGGAUCCAUGCUUGCUCUGGCCAUGAUUAGUUUGGAAAUGGAGAAACUCAUUCCUGAUUGGCUUCCUCUUACAAUUGAACUGCUUCAGAAAGCACAGAUGGAUAGCUCUCAGUUGAUCCACUGUCGGGAGCUUGUGGCACAUCACCUUUCUACUCUGCAGUCUUCCCUGCCUCUAAAUUCCGUUUACGUCUACCGUCCCCUAAAGCACACCCUGGUGACCUGUGACAAAGGAGCGUUCAGAUUACAUUCCUCCUCUGUCCCAGGCGCAGAUUUCUACAAGGACAGCAGCAAACCAGAAGUGCCACUCAGAGGUACAGCAGCCUCCUACCAUCAUCUCCCAGCUGCCAGUGGGUGCAAGCAUACCUCUGCUAAACGCAAAGUAGAGGAAAUGGAAGUGGAUGACUUCUAUGAUGGAAUCAAACGGCUCUAUAAUGAAGACAGUGCUUCAGAAAAUGUGGGUUCUGUGUGUGGCACUGAUUUAUCAAGGCAAGAGGGACAUGCUUCCCCUUGUCCACCUUUGCAACCUGUUUCUGUCAUGUAGUUUGAACAGGUGUUACCUCCAGGUGCAAAACUAAGGUAGACUACUCUGGGAAUGAGAACAUGUAAAACCAGGAAAGGAUAUAUAAGGGAUAUAUACCUUACCAGGCUGAAUUGAAGUGAGCCAG